AUCAAUCAAAAAGGGACGGAGGGAGUAAUUAUUAUGAAAAUAUGAAAUGUGACAAAUAUUUAGGGGCAUCCAAAACGGCAAAAGUGACAAACAAAAGGGGAUGAAGGGAGUACAAUUAAUAAAUAGAAAUAUGCAUUAAAUUUUGAUAACUCCUAAAAAAGAAUACAUGCAUAUAAUAAAAAGACAGAGAAUACAUGUUGAAAUACUUUUUUUUUUUUUCUUUUUCCAGAAAGUGAUCAAUCUCAAAGUCUUAGGUAAGGUAUACAAGUAUCAAGUUCAAAACUUUAACCUAACGAACAGAAGGACUAGUUGGCACAUAUGUAGAAAAUAUGAUGUGCACUCACUUUCCCAUCUCGACCUCCCAAAGCCUAGAUACAAAUACUUCCAGCUCCUAUCCCACUGUCAUCUUUCACGUAUAUAAAUAACACCAAAUCAUCUUUCACAUUCCCCCCUUCUCUCUAUUCAUUGCCUUACACCUCUCUCCUCUUUACCUCUACAAAUAUAGUUGACUCCAAGUUCGAGCACAAAUCGGCAAUUUCUAUUAUACGCUCGGGUGUACGACACAAUGGACGGGAUAGGAAAAGGGAAUCCGUAUCCGAUAGAAAAAAUGUCAAAGAAGACCGAACCCGAUACCGACACACCGGAACUCCCGGUCUCCGUCCAACAACAAGCAAUCGACGAAAACGAAGCAUUGAUAAUGGAGUCAUUCUCCUCUAACAACAGAUGCUGCUCUUUCAUUCCUUGUUUCGGGUCACAGCCCAGCCCGAACAGAUUAUCCGGGCUUGGCGGGUCAUCAUCCUCUCCGUCCAUGUGGGAGAGGCUCCAACAGACGGCUGAGAUUGAAAGUAAAUGGUGGGCUGGGCCGUUAAAGGGCCUUAAGAAGAUCCGGGAGUGGUCCGAGAUCAUUGCUGGGCCCAAAUGGAAGACUUUUAUUCGUCGGUUUAAUCGAGGUGGGAAGAAUGUUAAUGUGUCUGGGAAAUUCCAUUAUGACCCUUUGAGUUAUGCGCUUAACUUUGAUGAUGGUCCGGGGCAAAAUGGUCAUUUAGAUGAUGAUGAAUAUUUUCCUGAUUUUUCUUCUCGUUUUGCUAUUAUUCCCAACUCUUGUAGAUCAUCUGUUGAUUUGGGCAAGAUUGGGAAUUCUUCUCUUUCUUAAUCUUUUUUCUUUAGUAUAGAUUAUUAUUUCAUACAAUUAAUUGUAUUUAUUUAAUACUAUUAGCCAAAAUUUUGAGUGUUGCACAUUGCAAAUAUUCACAUUGUUGAUUA